CUCUCUCUUACACACACACAGGCAUUCUCGUUCUCCCCAUCACCACUCACUGUCACUUCUCUCUCCUUCUAAACUUCCAGUCUGUGGAUCUGUGGAGUAUCAUUUUCGGCCGUCAAUACGGCACCAUGAGGAACCAGGCAGCACUGUCUGUUUUCUGCCUGUCCCUGCUGGCUCACUGGUGGACGCACGUUGUUGGAGUGUCUGUAAAUGGACUUAGAUACCUGGAUAAAGGAGACGGUGAAGCUGAGGUCAACUCCAGAACCCCAGAGCAGCAUUUGGGGAACAACAAACAAGCAGGCCUGCAAGUGGAAAUCAUUCCACCCUAUGCAGAGAUUGAAGUUGGCCAGCGUAAAGCAUUGUUGUGCAGAGCUGUUGGGGAUGCAGAGGAGAUUGACUGGUUUACUCCUAAUGGUGAAAAGCUAUUAAAAAAUAAUAAGAACUUUGAGGUGCACAAACAUGGAAAAUCCAGAUCCACUAUUAUUGUUCUCAAUGCCGAUUCAAACAGUGCUGGGAUAUACACAUGUGUGGCCAGAAACAGAGACACAGAAUCACAAGCCACAGCCAAGCUUGAAAUCCACUUCAAGAGAAUACGUAGAGAAUCAAAGAAAGAAGCAAGAGAAAAACGACAGAAAGAGCCAAAGCCCACCAAGAAACCCAAAGCUCCCAAGCCCACCAAGAAACCCAAGGGUGAAAAGAAGCCCAAAGGAGAGAAGGGUGGGAAGAAGAAAGGCAAGAAAAACAAAGAGGAGAUCAUUACCACCACCACUGUGGCACCCACAACCACUGUGCCCCCCACAACCACUUUGCCCCUUGAGUAUGAUGACUUUUAUGAUCCUGAACCUGACCAAUACUGGGAUGAAGUAUAUACUGAGACAACAACGGCAAAAUCCACAAAGCCUCCAACUGUGAAAUCAACAGCAUUCCCGACAGAUUUUCCUCCUAUUACGGACGAUUACGCCCUACCUUAUCCUGACUUAGAUGAUGACUACUGGAAGGUAGAAGAGCCUGUACCCACAACCCCUGCGACUUCUGCCCGUCACGGUGAUGAUGAAUACUGGGAUGCCAAAUAUGAAGUAUCAGAAACCCUGCCUUUCCCUGAUGGUAAAGAGAUCAGCUCUACUGAUGAUGACUGGCUGGAAAGCACCAUAGUCACAGAGGAGCCCGCCGUCCCUACAUUUGAUAGCAACUGGUAUGAAGAUUAUGAAUACGGACAUGAAAAGAAGCUGGAAGAGAAAGAGAGAAUAGACGAAGAGGAAAGAGAAAGAGAGAGAGAAAGAGAAAGAGGGACAUCAUAUAAAGAGCCCAAGUGGCGUGAGGAAGAGGAGAAAGAAGCAGAAAGGAUAAAGAAACCACGCGUGUACAAAGACCCCAAGAUAUGUCCUCCUUUGGGGAUGGAGUCUCAUCGCAUUGACAAUGACCAGCUGCUGACUUCAUCUGUUUACCAACUUCGCUAUGGGCCAAGCAGAGCUCGUCUUAAUAUUCAGGCGUCUGGAAAUGAAGAUGAUUUGAAUGGUGGGGCGUGGUGUGCUAAUGCAGAAGAUAAGAUCCAUUGGAUUGAACUGGACGCUCGGACGCUGACGGAGUUCACUGGGGUCAUCACUCAGGGUCGAGACGACCCUAUAGAGAGUGAUUAUGUGUCUUCAUAUCAUGUGGCUUUUAGUAACGACAGCAGAGAGUGGACCGUUCUUGAUGAUGGAUAUGCCGAAUGGUUGUUCUUUGCUAACUCAGAUAAAAGCACUCCAGUAUUGUCUCAGUUUAUGGAGCCGGUUGCGGCGCGUUAUAUCCGCAUCUUGCCGCAGAGCUGGAACGGCACCAUGUGUAUGAGAAUGGAGGUUUUGGGCUGCCCUGUACCAGAUUCUCUGAGCCAAUACCAAAGUCAGAAUGAGGUGACGCCCCGAGAUGACCUGGACUAUACAUAUCACAACUACCUUGACAUGGAGAAGCUGAUGAAAUCUGUCUCUGAUGAGUGUCCCAACAUCACCAGAUUCUACAGUCUGGGCAAGAGCUUUAAAGGUCAUGAGAUUUAUGCUAUGGAGAUAACUGAUAACCCUGGGAAGCAUGAAACAGGAGAGCCAGAGUUCAGAUACACAGCGGGUUUUCAUGGGAAUGAAGUUCUGGGUCGAGAGCUUCUUCUGAUGCUCAUGCAGUACCUGUGUAAAGAGUAUAAAGACGGUAACCCCCGAGUACGCCACCUGGUGGAUGAGACCAGAAUUCAUCUGGUGCCCUCAGUCAAUCCUGAUGGCCAUGAGAAAGCUUUUGAGAAGGGUUCAGAGUUGGGCAGUUGGACUUUAGGGCACUGGACUGAAGAUGGCCAUGACGUCUUCCAGAACUUUCCAGACCUUAAUAACAUCCUCUGGGAUGCACAGGAUGCUGGCAUGGUGCCCAAACUAACACCAAAUCACCAUGUGCCCGUCCCUGAAGGUUAUCUGGCAGGCAAUGGAUCCAUUGCAGUUGAGACUCUUGCCCUCAUCACCUGGAUGGAAAGCCACCCAUUCGUGCUUGGUGCCAACCUGCAGGGUGGUGAGAGACUGGUCACAUACCCCUUUGACAUGCGCCGCCUAACCAAGGAGUCUGAGGAGAAAGAGAAAAAGCUGAACUCUAGAUCAAACAGACGUAAACGACAAUACGAGGAAGAGGAAGAAGAACCAAACCCUUACCUUCACAUCGGUUACCAUCAGGAAGGCUACGGCAGCCCUCGGGAAAGCAGCCCUUAUCAUCAAGAGAACUAUGGGUAUCAUCACGAAAGUUAUGGGUACCACCAUGAGAAUCAAGGUUAUCGUGAGGAGAACCAAGGGUAUUACGAGGAGAACCGAGGGUAUCACGAGGAGAAUCGGGGGUAUCACGAGGAGAAUCGGGGGUAUCACGAGGAGAAUCGGGGGUAUCAUGAGGAGAAUCGGGGUUAUCCCGAGGAGAAUCAGGGAUAUCACGAGGAGAAUCAGGGGUACCACCACUCUGAAGGCUACCAGGAGGGAUCUCAAGAAAGAUAUCCAGAGGGCUAUAGGGAGGGAUAUGGAGACGCUGAACCAGAGGAGGAGAUCAGGGUCAUCGAGGAUCAGUCUUUGUUCCGCUGGUUGGCCAUAUCUUACGCCUCUACACACCGGACCAUGACUCAUACCCAUCAGGGAGGUUGCCAUACUAGUAAUGACCCAACAGGUGGGAUGGGAAUUGUCAACCGUGCCAAGUGGAAGCCCAUCCCAGGAAGUAUGAAUGAUUUCAGCUACCUACAUACAAACUGUUUCGAGCUGUCGGUUUUCCUGGGCUGUGAUAAGUUUCCACAUCAGAGCGAGCUUUUGAGAGAGUGGGAAUAUAACAGAGAGGCUCUGCUAACCUUCAUGACUCAGGUGCAUCGGGGAAUUAAGGGCGUUGUGAGGGAUAAAGAGGGAAAUCCUAUUCCCAAUGCCACAGUGUCUGUGGAGGAAAUUAAUCAUGAUGUCAGGACAGGUGAAUCUGGUGACUACUGGCGACUUCUGAACCCUGGCGAGUAUCGUGUGACGGCCAGAGCUGAUGGUUAUUCUUCCUCCACCCGACUGUGUGUGGUAGGGUACGACCCAGGUGCGACCUUGUGCAACUUUGAGCUUAGCAAGUCAAACUGGGACCGCAUCAAGCAAAUAAUGGCUCUCCACGGCAACAGACCCAUCCGGUUGCUAAGCAACGGCAACAGGGGUGGAGGAAGAUACGGCAGUAAUUCUGAAUUCAGCAAUCGAAUUCCUCUCGGUAACGGCGUCGACCCACAGAGGGCGCGUCUCCGGCGGUUACGGCUGCAGAGACUCCGUCGUCUACGGCAACAGAGGCUGCUGGCUGCUCAAACGACGCCGCCGCCGCCCACCACCACGACGACCAUGAUGACCACGACCACAGUUCUGCCUACCACGGAGAGUACAACGCCCUGGUAUGACUGGCCCAUUGAUGAAAUCUUUGAAAAGAGCACAACUCCACCAGAAGCGAUUGACCUGACAGAUGCACUGGAAUACAACUACACUUACCAGAUAGACGAUUAUUAAAACCAAAAAUUUAAUCCAAUGAUUGAAGGCCUUUGUAGCCACGAUUUCAACUCUACAGUAGGUCGCAUAGCAUACAGUGACUGUGAAUAGAUGUGUAAAGGGUUGGUACAUACAGAACCAGAGAAUGGUGGGAACUCGACACUAAACUGGAAUAGGCACUUUUAAGGAGAUUUUUAUUUCAAAACAUGAAAGUAGAUCCUGUUAUUCAAUAUUGUGAAAGCAUUCGAAGGUUACAGCAUAUAAUAGCUUUUCAAAGCCUUACUGUAGUGAGAAUCACUCUAUACUAUGCUACUAAAAGUAACAAAGACUUCACAUACGACCAUCUGUACCACAUUCGCUGAAUGAAAACGAGAAUGUAUGUUACAAAAGAAGAGACUUUGUUAACACUUCUUUAUCACAAAUAAACAACCCAUUUGUUAA